AAAACUCCAGAUCAACCAAGAUUUUGGAAUAUUUUUCUACAUUAUUGAUUAACUACUAAACUAAAACGCUAUUUAUCGGCGUCGCGAUGGGGCUGUGUUAAGCACAGAUAUACGUCGCAGGCGUCGCCUGUUGCGAUUAAUGAGUCAUAACGUGAUCGUAUGGCUUAGACAAAUUCGUAUGACUAAGGAGAUCGUGUAGCAUUGUGUUAUACUUUUUGUUUAAAAAAUGGGUGAUACUAGUGACUUAGAUAGACAAAUAGAACAGCUAAAAAGAUGCGAGAUUAUCAAAGAAGCAGAAGUGAAAGCUCUGUGUGCAAAAGCCAGGGAAAUAUUGGUGGAAGAGAGCAACGUGCAACGUGUAGAUUCUCCUGUUACGGUUUGUGGUGACAUUCAUGGACAAUUUUAUGACCUGAAAGAACUGUUUAAAGUAGGCGGUGAUGUGCCUGAAACUAAUUAUUUAUUUAUGGGAGAUUUUGUCGAUCGGGGGUUUUAUAGUGUAGAAACUUUUUUAUUACUUUUAGCACUUAAGGUUAGAUAUCCAGACCGUAUAACCUUGAUACGAGGCAACCAUGAGUCCCGCCAAAUCACGCAAGUGUACGGUUUCUACGACGAGUGUCUGAGGAAAUAUGGAUCCAUCACGGUCUGGAGAUACUGUACGGAGAUAUUCGAUUACCUUUCCCUGUCUGCCAUAAUCGACGGUAAGAUAUUUUGUGUUCACGGUGGGCUGUCUCCCUCCAUUCAGACCCUCGACCAAAUCAGAGUGAUCGACCGCAAACAGGAGGUUCCCCACGACGGGCCCAUGUGUGACUUGCUGUGGAGCGAUCCGGAAGACACUCAGGGAUGGGGCGUGUCUCCCAGGGGCGCCGGUUACCUCUUCGGGUCUGACGUAGUGGCGCAAUUUAAUGCCGCCAACGACAUCGACAUGAUCUGCCGAGCCCAUCAGUUGGUUAUGGAAGGGUAUAAGUGGCACUUCAACGAAACCGUUCUCACUGUAUGGUCCGCACCCAAUUACUGCUACAGGUGCGGCAACGUGGCCGCCAUACUAGAACUGAACGAACAUUUACAAAGGGACUUCACCAUAUUCGAGGCGGCCCCACAGGAGACCAGAGGCAUCCCCUCGAAGAAACCCCAAGCCGAUUAUUUCCUGUAAUGCAUACUUUUAGUGACCCGUAAUAGCCCUAUUUCACUUUUAAUCACCUUGCGUAAGAGCGAAAAUUUUAUUUCACGACCCUUACGUUCUCUGUUGAAUCUAACGUUACUUUAAAUAAAUGAACAGCUCCCUUCGGGGGAACUCCCGCAUUCUCCUCGCUAAUCCAGCCGGCGGGCAUCCAACUGCGCCUUAGAACGAAAGACUGUCCACCUGUCAGUUAGUUUGACAUUUGUCCGCCAGAUUAGCGCCGAGAUUCGUCAACUGUACAUAUAGGUUAAUUGUGUUUCAUUAUUUUGUAUGUUACUGUGAAUUCUGAAAAUAGAGGUAUUGUUUUGUAA